CCGCCCACGGAUUUCAGACUCUGAGGAACUUUUCACUAACGCGGCCCUCUCCAGAAGCCGGUCGGGCGCCGGCGCCAUGGAAGAGCUGUCCUUCAGCGAGACGGCUCUGGAACAGGCGCUGGCCGAGCCGUGCGAACUGGACGCGGCUCUGCUGACCGACAUCGAAGACAUGCUUCAGCUCAUCAACAACCAAGACAGUGACUUCCCUGGCCUCUUUGAUGCCCCCUAUGCCGGGGGUGGGACAGGAGACGCAGAGCCCAGUAGCCCUGGUGCCAGCUCUCCUGAGAGCUUCUCUUCGCCUGCUUCUCUGGGCUCCUCUCUGGAAGCCUUCCUAGGAGGACCCAAGGUGACACCUUCGCCCCCGUCCCCUCCGCCAUCUGCACCCACUGCCUUAAAGAUGUACCCGUCUGUGUCCCCCUUCUCCCCUGGGCCUGGAAUCAAAGAGGAGCCAGUGCCGCUCACCAUCCUGCAGCCGCCAGCACCACAGCCAUCACCAGGGACUCUCCUGCCUCCGAGCUUCCCCCCACCACCCCUGCAGCUCAGCCCUGCGCCUGUGCUGGGGUACUCCAGCCUUCCCUCAGGCUUCUCAGGGACCCUGCCUGGAAACACCCAGCAGCCACCAUCUGGCCUGCCACUGGCCUCUGCACCCGGAGUCUCGCCUGUCCCCUUACACACCCAGGUCCAGAGCUCAGCUUCCCAGCAGCUGCCGCCAGCCUCAGCAGCCCCGAGAACAACCACUGUGACCUCCCAGAUCCAGCAGGUCCCAGUUGUGCUGCAGCCGCACUUCAUCAAGGCAGACUCCCUGGUGCUGACAGCUGUGAAGACAGACGCGGGAGCCACAGUGAAGGCGGCUGGCAUCGGUGCCCUGGCCCCUGGCACAGCCGUGCAGGCGGGCCCCUUGCAGACCCUGGUGAGUGGAGGGACCAUCCUGGCCACGGUUCCACUGGUUGUGGACACAGACAAACUGCCCAUCCACCGCCUGGCAGCUGGCAGCAAGGCCAUGGGCUCAGCUCAGAGCCGCGGCGAGAAGCGCACAGCCCACAAUGCCAUUGAGAAGCGUUACCGUUCCUCAAUCAAUGACAAGAUUGUGGAGCUCAAGGACCUGGUGGUGGGCACCGAGGCAAAGCUGAAUAAAUCUGCUGUCUUGCGAAAGGCUAUCGAUUACAUCCACUUCUUACAGCAGAGCAACCAGAAGCUCAAGCGGGAGAACGCAGCCCUGCGGACGGCUCAAAGAAGCGAAUCACUGAAGGACCUGGUGUCAGCCUGUGGCAGCGGAGGAGGCACGGAUGUGUCCAUGGAGGGCCUGAAACCUGAAGCGGUGGAGACACUGACCCCUCCACCCUCAGAUGCCGGCUCGCCCUCCCAGAGUAGCCCCUUGUCACUUGGCAGCAGAGGCAGCAGCAGCGGCGCCAGUGACUCCGAGCCCGAUAGCCCAGUCUUUGAGGAUAGCCAGGUGAAAGCCCAGCGGCUGCCUUCACACAGUCGAGGCAUGCUGGACCGGUCCCGCCUGGCCCUGUGUGCACUGGUCUUCCUGUGUCUGACCUGCAAUCCCGUGGCCUCGCUGUUUGGCUGGGGCGUCCUCAGUUCCUCCGAAGGAGCUGCUGCGCACCGCAGCUCUGGGCGCAGCGUGCUGGAGGCUGAAAGCAGAGAUGGCUCUCAUUGGACCCCGUGGUUGCUGCCACCCCUAGUCUGGCUGGCCAAUGGGCUACUAGUGUUGGCCUGCUUGGCUCUUCUCUUUGUGUAUGGGGAACCCGUGACUCGGCCACACUCUGGCCCGGCUGUACACUUCUGGAGACAUCGCAAACAAGCUGACCUGGAUUUGGCCCGGGGGGAUUUUGCCCAGGCUGCUCAGCAGCUGUGGCUGGCCCUGCAGGCCCUGGGCCGGCCCCUGCCCACCUCGAACCUGGACCUGGCCUGCAGCCUACUUUGGAACCUCAUCCGCCACCUGCUGCAGCGUCUCUGGGUGGGCCGCUGGCUGGCAGGCCAGGCUGGGGGCCUGCAGAGGGACUGUGGGCUGAAAACAGAUGCCCGUGCCAGUGCCCGAGACGCGGCUCUCGUCUACCAUAAGCUGCACCAGCUGCAUGCCAUGGGGAAGUACACAGGAGGGCAUCUUGCUGCUUCUAACCUGGCACUAAGUGCUCUGAACCUGGCCGAGUGCGCAGGAGAUGCUAUAUCCAUGGCAACACUGGCAGAGAUCUAUGUGGCAGCUGCCCUGAGGGUCAAAACCAGUCUCCCAAGAGCCUUGCACUUUUUGACACGUUUCUUCCUGAGUAGCGCCCGCCAGGCCUGCCUAGCACAGAGUGGCUCAGUGCCUCUUGCCAUGCAGUGGCUCUGCCACCCUGUAGGUCACCGUUUCUUCGUGGAUGGGGACUGGGCUGUGCAUGGUGCCCCGCAGGAGAGCCUGUACAGCAUGGCUGGGAACCCAGUGGAUCCACUGGCCCAGGUGACCCGACUCUUCUGUGAACAUCUCCUGGAGCGAGCACUGAACUGUAUAGCUCAGCCCAGCCCAGGGGCGGCUGAUGGAGACAGGGAGUUCUCAGAUGCCCUUGGAUACCUGCAGUUGCUAAACAGCUGUUCUGAUGCUGUCGGGGCUCCUACCUGCAGCUUUUCUGUCAGCUCCAGCAUGGCUACCACCACCGGUGAGCUCCAGACCCCUGUCCUGACGCCUGCCAGCCCCAGCUGCCAUGUGGCUGAGGGCCAGGCGCCCACCUUCCCCUCUUCUGCAGGCACAGACCCAGUGGCCAAGUGGUGGGCCUCACUGACAGCUGUGGUGAUCCACUGGCUGCGGCGGGACGAAGAGGCAGCGGAGCGGCUGUACCCAGUGGUGGAGCAUAUACCCCAAGUGCUGCAGGAGACCGAGAGACCCCUGCCCAGGGCAGCUCUGUACUCCUUCAAGGCUGCCCGGGCUCUGUUGGACCCCAGAAAGGUGGAAUCUGGUCCAGCCAGCCUGGCCAUCUGUGAGAAGGCCAGUGGGUACCUACGGGACAGCUUAGCCACUACGCCGAGUGGCAGUUCCAUUGACAAGGCCAUGCAACUGCUCCUGUGUGAUCUGCUUCUUGUGGCCCGGACCUGUUUAUGGCAGCGCCAGCAAUCACCAGCCUCUGCCCAGGCAGCUCACAGUGGUAGCAAUGGACCCCAGGCCUCUGCUCUGGAGCUGCGAGGUUUUCAACAUGACCUGAGCAGCCUGAGGCGCUUGGCACAGAGCUUCCGGCCUGCUAUGAGGAGGGUGUUCCUACACGAGGCCACAGCUCGGCUGAUGGCAGGGGCAAGUCCUGCCCGGACACACCAGCUCCUGGACCGCAGUCUGCGGAGGAGGGCAGGGUCCAGUGGCAAAGGAGGUGCUGCGACUGAGCUGGAGCCUCGGCCCACGUGGCGGGAGCACACAGAGGCCUUGCUGCUGGCCUCCUGCUAUCUGCCCCCUGCCUUCCUGUCGGCCCCUGGGCAGCGCGUGAGCAUGCUGGCCGAGGCAGCGCGCACUGUAGAGAAGCUUGGUGACCGCCGGCUACUGCUCGACUGCCAGCAGAUGCUCCUGCGCCUUGGUGGAGGGACCACUGUGACUUCGAGCUAGACCGGGCCCUCCUGCUGUGAGAGGCCCUUUAGGACCUCUGUCGCUGGCUGCGGUCCUCCGGUGAGGGUGAGCCUGACAAGCCGUCGGGAUCAUGCCGACCUCUAGUGGCAGAUCUGGAAAUUGCAGAGGCUGCACUGGCCCAGGGCCACCCUCUCGCUCUGUAGGCACCCUAGUGGCUUUCCCCUAGCUGAGGGCCACCCUGCCUCGCGGCUGGCUCUCACCCCCUCCUCGGAGACUUGUACAUAGUGCAGACCCGGCCGAGCCAGUCUCCUGUGCGGGCUGAACUACUUUGACUUUUGCAAACUUUAUUUUCAUAGGUUGAGAAAUUUUGUACAGAAAAUUAAAAAGUGAAAUUAUUUAUAA